CCACUUGCACCCAAAGAAAUGACUUGAUUUUGAAAGCUAGUGAUUUAAUCUAACAAACAGAAUAAAAUCUUCUGUCAUCACUAUUACCCUGAUUAACACAGCAAAUACAAGUCUUGUUCAGCAUUUGUUAGCGAGUGUAUUACACACCCAGUCACAAGUUCUGGAAUUCUGAUCUAGAAUGGAAAACAUUGCUGUCCUAAAAAGAUAACCCGCUGAAGCUUUAAUGAACCGUGAAGAUCUGUACACGCCAAAAGAUUUAUUCUCUUAGGAAAAGCGGUUAUUAAAUAUAAAAAAACAGCAAGUUGAAAAUCUUAAUGACACGGAGGAGUAAACGUUCAAUACCCUGUUUAUUACUGUUGAUAAAUGUUUACAAUGAGUAUUUUCCCUCUGGUCGCUGACGACCGUAUUGAUUACAUGUCAGAAUAUCCGGAAAUGUGAACAGAAAUGCCAACUUUGACGUCAUACCUUAGCAGCUGCGAGCGUUAAAAUAAAUAAAUAAAUUUAAAAAAGUGGUUAAAAAGUUGAGGCAAACAAACAAACAAACAAACAAACAAACAAACAAACAAACAUAAAAAAUCUUCAAAUUCUGACAGCGGAUGUUCGGCGUUGUACCUCCCAAAUACAAAUGAAUACACGUUUCCUGAGAACACUAUAUAGGUAAGAAUUCAUAUUUCGUAUCCCCUCUCUUUUUAUUAAUGUAAAUCAAGGCAUUCAAAUAAAUAGUGUACUGAAGAAUUAAUUACAUAUUGAUGUAGCACUGAAUCACGUCCGGUGAAUGGCCACAGAUAUCAUUCGAUAUAGUGUUUAAACUAAUCAUACACACUGUUUAACAGAAGAAAACAUAGCAGGUGCUGUGAAAUCAAUGAAUGAGGCUUUUGAAGAACGCCCAUGAUAGACCGGGUCUGAGUCGCGUCAGUGAGGUAUUCCUCAUAGCGUUGUGGUGAUUCACGUGUUUGAGGGUCUUCAGGCGAUGGUGCCCACCGUUCAAUCAUCUCGUUCACUUAUCCCGGUCCCCCCGGACAAAGAGGGGGGUCACAUUACAUAUCCUUCUUUCUACAAGAACUGACAGGAGAUCCCCUCGGAAUCCACCGCCCUGACAGGGGCGCUCUCCUGAGCCGUUUAUAAGGAGCUGGAGAGCAGGACCCGAGCAAGGAACUUUUAACGCGCAGGCAUACUCCAGAGACGUGAGCAGAGAACUCACAAGACAGCGAUGAAGGGUAUAGGGACUGUCAAGGCUUACGCAUUGGCUUUGCUUCUUACGGCUGCUUUCAUUCCUCAGUCCUGGAGCGCGCCUCAGGGUCACUUUCAGAGGAGAAACUGGACCCCGCAGGCAAUGCUUUACUUGAAGGGGGCUCAGGGUCGCCGUUUCAUAUCGGAGGAAAGAAAAGAUGGCGAGUUUUAUGAGAGACUACAUUUAGCAACCAGAAGCCCAAACCCAAACCCCAGGAGUCUGUUGGAUGCACUGGCAGUGCUGCUGGCCUUCAUCAGCAAGGCAGGGGAGCAAGCUGAAGAAAACACAGAGCAAAUACAUUUGCAAGAGACCCCAACAUGGAAAAGAGGAUACUUCUAAUAGCCUGUUAACUUGUGUAGUAUUGUAGUUUGAAAGGAUUGUCUUUGAUUUUAUUACAUGUUUAGAAUAUUCACACAUACUGUACAACACUGUGGAUUCCUUAAUAUGGCUUGGACUUGACCAAUGCCAUGCUUCGAAUGUAAAGUCAAUUAAAAGAAGCCUUUGCGUUCAAAAGAAGCCAUCUUUCAUCACUCCAAAAGGGAAGUCACCAUAAUCACAGUGUUUCUGAAAUGGAGACUGGAAACUCCUGUCUCUGCACAGAAAGUUUAAAGCGAUUCAAGAAACACAUGAUCAACAGUUAUAAAAACUGACCUGCAAAUGUUCUUUUGUACAAUAAAAAUGUUAUAACAAAAGUGUAAACAAGUAGCAUUUUUUUUACCCCCCAAUAAACAGAAAUCAUAUUAAGUUUAACGAUAAGCCUGAGAUUUGGGGGAGGGAUCAUGGGAACUUGCUUCUCCUAUUGACCCCUCCUCCCUAACUUGUUUAAACCUCAAGCAAACUCACCUGGCUGUUGCUGGUGCAAUCCCAGUCUCCACUUCCCCAGCCUCCACUUUAUUUGCAGGCAGUCCCCUCGAUGGGUGGGCAGUGCAUGGCUUCAUCACGGUCCACCCUGCUGACCUGGCCUCGUCAGAUCAGUUCCUCUUUCAGAGGGUGGUGGCUUCCUUCUCCCCUUGAGAGACGGGACCAACAGCCAAAUCUAUAAGCAGUGACAUCACUCAUACCCCCAGUCACGUAGCCAUGAUCCAGGCACUGAAUUGUUAAACAGCAUUAUACAAUUUGCACAGCAUCCUGUGCUAUGUGGCUGGUGCAUCUCAUUAAAAGUCUGUAGCAACUAUACACAGCAGCCUAUACAGUGCGCCCGUCUUGAGUCGAGUAUUGGGGAUAGAAUGACAAUGCUCUCUCGUUAUUUCCCUUUGUGACUUGUUAAAUAUUGAGGGCUGUGAGUUAAGGAUGGGUCCUUACAGGGUUUAAUAUUGAAGCUUAAAAGGAAAACUGCUGUGUGCCAAAAUGAUCAAUAAGAAAAAAGAAAAGGAUAUUUCAGGUACUUAAAAAGGUAGAAUAAUUGAUUACAAAUCAAUUAUCAUGUUGUUUCGGACUACAAGUCCUUUCUUUUUUCUUAUAUACAGACGUGCUCAAAUUUGUUGGUACCCUUACAGCUCAUUGAAAUAAUGCUUCAUUCCUCCUGAAAAGUGAUGAAAUUAAAAGCUAUUUUAUCAUGUAUACUUGCAUGCCUUUGGUAUGUCAUGGAAUAAAGCAAAGAAGCUGUGAAAAGAGAUGAAUUAUUGCUUAUUCUACAAAGAUAUUCUAAAAUGGCCUGGACACAUUUGUUGGUACCCUUGAAUCUGUGCAGGGUACAAUGAAAUCUCAAGACUAUCAAGGCAUUCUGGAGCGAAACGUACUGCCCAGUGUCAGAAAGCUCUGUCUCAGUCGCAGGUCAUGGGUCCUCCAACAGGAUAAUGACCCAAAACACACAGCUAAAAGCACCCAAGAAUGGAUAAAGAACAAAACACUGGACUAUUCUGAAGUGGCCUUCUAUGAGUCCUGAUCUGAAUCCUAUCGAACAUCUAUGGAAAGAGCUGAAACUUGCAGUCUGGAGAAGGCACCCAUCAAACCUGAGA